GGGAGUCAAAGAUCGGUAUUAGGAACGUGGAUUGUCUUGGCAGAAUAUGAGUUCCUAUAUUAUUUGUAUUAUGGGAAGAUUAAUAAUUUGAUCGAACUUUUGUCGGGUUUGCCUCAAAAUUUGAUCUUUCUAUCUGGGUGUCGUUAAUUCUUGAUCCUUAGGGCUUCUUGGUUGCCUGAAUAUGGAUGUUGAGAAAGCUGAGUAUGUCGGGGGCGUGGAGACGCCUGAGAAACUGGGGAAGGAGGAGGAGACGGGAGGUUUGAACUCGAAAGUGAAGGAGGGUGUUGGAAAUAAGAGUAGCAAAGAUAUGUAUGUCAGGGCUGAUAAGUUUGACAUAAAGAGCUUGGACAUACAGCUUGAGAAGCACUUGAGUCGGGUUUGGUCGAGGAACAUCGAGAAGCAAAGGCCCAAGGAAGAGUGGGAGAUUGAUUUGUCGAAGCUGGAGAUCGCCAGUGUCUUAGCUCACGGAACCUAUGGAAUUGUUUACAAGGGCACUUAUGAUAACCAAGCUGUUGCAGUGAAGUUGUUGGACUGGGGUGAGGAUGGAAUUGCCACAUCAGCUGAAACCGCUGCCCUGCGGGCAUCAUUUCGGCAAGAGGUUGCUGUUUGGCACAAGCUCGACCAUCCUAACGUCACAAAAUUUAUCGGAGCUUCAAUGGGAACUUCAAGCCUCAAAAUUCCAUCGAAAAACUCUACAAGCGAUGCUAACCAUUCUGUCCCAUCUACAGCAUGUUGCGUGGUCGUCGAGUAUCUUCCUGGUGGGUCACUGAAAAAUUUCCUCAUAAGGAAUAGGCGAAAGAAGCUCUCGUACAAGACGGUUAUCGAGCUUGCACUUGAUCUCUCUAGAGGUUUGAGCUACCUUCAUUCCAAGAAGAUUGUGCAUCGUGACGUUAAAACAGAGAACAUGCUGUUAGACUCUCAGAGAAGAAUGAAAAUUGCUGAUUUUGGAGUUGCACGUGUCGAAGCUCAAAAUCCGAGGGACAUGACUGGGGAGACGGGGACGCUGGGUUACAUGGCUCCAGAGGUUCUUGUUGGAAAGCCUUACAGCAGAAGCUGUGAUGUCUAUAGCUUCGGUAUUUGCUUGUGGGAAAUCUACUGCUGUGACAUGCCUUAUCCCGAUCUGAGUUUUGCAGAUGUGUCAUCAGCGGUUGUCCGUCAGAAUCUUCGACCUGAGAUUCCUCGAUGUUGCCCCAGUUCCCUGGCAAAUGUCAUGAGGAAAUGCUGGGAUGGGAACCCUGAGAAGCGCCCAGAAAUGGAAGAGGUAGUUCGGAUGCUGCAGGCGAUUGAUAUCAGCAAGGGCAGAGGAAUGACCCCCGAUGAUGAGGCUCCUCCAGGAUGCUUCUGCUUUGCUCCUACCCGUGGUUCAUGAAACCACCCGCCAUUAGCCAGUGACCAAUCUUAGUCUGUUGAUUGUCGUCAGUUUAUAUUUCAUGUUUUACUGGUGGAGGAAGGGAGAUGAGCAAUUUGGUGAUUCGGGUUGGAUGUUAUUCCGGUAAUAAUUUUUUUUUUGGGUAAUAAUUCAUGGUUCAUGUAAUUCGAUUCAGGUCGACAAAGUCUGCAACACGAUUUCUUGAAUCGUGCUACUCAAAUUCACUCUCCAGCUGCUUGCAUAUGAUCUUUUCCUUUCUUCUUUUUAAUUUGAAGAUGUUAAAGUUCAAUGAUGGUUAUUUGUAAGCAACAUUUGACAUAUUGGAAAAAGAGUUGGUUAUUCACGA